CGACGAAACAAUCAUAUAAUACUGCCCGCCAUGUCCUCCCCAAACACAGCCCUCUCUGUCUCGGACGAACCAUCACUGGUACAGAUCUCCAUCACCUUCACCCAACAUCACUACCAACAACACCACACAAAUCGUCGCCCAACAUGGGGUUCUCGACGAUUGAGUUCGACAAAUACAACCCUGCCUCUGAGAAGGCAAGCGAUGCUCGCCAGGACCUCGCCCACCUCGACUACUCCCCGCUGAAGCGCAUCUCGGGGCGGUCAUGGGCCAUGGGUAUUCUCAUCUCCAUGGGUGGCAUGGUCUUCGGCUAUGACACGGGUCAGAUCUCCGGAUUUCUGGAAAUGCCCGACUUUCUCGACCGAUUCGGCGAGCAUAAGGCCGACGGCUCCAUCAAGUUCAGCAACGUCCGCUCCGGUCUGAUUGUCGGUCUCCUCUCCAUCGGCACCCUCAUCGGUGCCUUGUGCGCCGCCCCCAUCGCCGACAAGUUUGGUCGCCGGUACUCCAUCUCCUUCUGGUGCCUCAUCACCUCCAUCGGUUUCGUCAUCCAGAUUGCCGCCGAGAGAGCAUGGGAACAGAUAAUGGUUGGCCGCUUGGUCGCUGGCUUCGGUGUUGGCGCUCUCAGUCUCAUCGUUCCCAUGUUCCAGGCCGAGACCGCACCGCCAUGGAUUCGUGGUGCCCUCGUUUGCGCCUACCAGCUUUUCAUCACCCUCGGCAUUUUCCUCGCCGCUUGCUUCAACUACGGCACUGUCACGCAUCUCGAACACAGCUCGGGCUCCUGGCGGAUCGUCAUUGGUCUUGGUUGGCUCUGGACUAUCAUCCUCGGCGUUGGCAUCCUUGCGUUCCCCGAAACUCCCCGUUAUGACUACCGCAUGGGCAACAUUGAGCGUGCCAAAAACACCCUUUGCCGAGUCUACGGCGCUCCCGAGAACCACUAUAGCAUCCACAUCCAACUCGAGGAGAUUGAGAGCAAGCUCCGGGCUGAGUCGCAGAUCAAGGGCAAUGCUGUCCAGGAGUUCUCUGGCAUGUUCAAGGCCCCUAAAAUGGCCCAGCGUAUUGCCUUGGGCUGUGGACUGCAAAUGCUCCAGCAGCUCACUGGUGCCAACUACUUCUUUUACUACGGAACCACUAUCUUCUCCUCUGUGAACAUCAACUCCUUCAUUACGCAGAUCAUUUUGAACGCCAUUAACUUUGGAACCACCUUCAUUGGUCUCUACAUUGUUGAACACUAUGGUAGACGCAAGUCGCUUAUGGUUGGCUCUGGCUGGAUGUUUAUCUGCUUCUUGAUCUUUGCAUCCGUUGGUCACUUCAGCCUGGAUCGCGAGAACCCUCAAGCUACUGUCGGCCCCGGCAUCGUGCUCAUCGUUUUCGCCUCUCUCUUCAUUCUGGGCUUCGCCACCACCUGGGGACCUAUGGUAAGUCAUGAAGCGUCCUCCCUUUUAAUAAGUAUUAUCCAACCACAAACUAACCUAUUCAAGAUCUGGACCAUCCAAGCCGAACUCUUCCCGUCGAGAUACCGCGCCAAGGCCAUGUCCCUCUCCACCGCCAGCAACUGGAUCUGGAACUUCUUCAUCGGCUUCUUCUCCCCCUUCAUCACUGGUGCCAUUGACUUCCGAUACGGCUACGUCUUUGCCGGAUGUAACCUGGUUGCUGGCUUCGUUGUCUACUUCUUCGUCAUCGAGGGUCAGGGACGCACUUUGGAGGAAAUUGACACCAUGUACUUGGAGGGUGUCAAGCCGUGGAAGAGCACCCAAUGGGUUCCUCCCUCUGCCGAGGAGAUGCACCGCAUCCGCCAAAAGGCCGGUACAGACCUUGAUGCCAGCGCCAGCGAUGGUGGCGUUCAGAGUGAGAAGGGAGAGGGCCUCCAGCCUAAGAGCGCCCUCAAUGGAACCUCUCACCAGGAGAGAGUCUAAUGCGGGGAGGGUUAUGAUUCCCAACCGACUCAAUCAUGCUACAGCUGCAGCAUGGUUGGGGAAGUGAGGUACUCUCGGGUUUAAUUUUUCAUCUAAUGAAUUUGCGUGGCACGGCGUUGAGGCAUUGGAAGCGGGCAUACCGCACACAUUAUGAAAUUUGAUGCAAUAUACCAAAAUGAAUUCAAUAUACCUAUCAAGAAUACCUAAAUUGCCCGUCU